CCUCCCACUUCUCUCGACGGAACGAGACUGCACGAUAUGCUGCUGUCACUAGCCAUCCUCUUCUCGCUGUUGUCUGGCUUCGCCCUCGCCCAGGACCGCCUCUUCUCCUCCGCCUUUGGCUACCCCGGCCGCAAUGCGAGCUACGACUACGUCGUCGUCGGCGGCGGCACCGCAGGCCUCACCCUCGCCGCGCGCCUCGCCGCCACCUCGGCCUCGGUCGCCGUCGUCGAGGCCGGCGGCUUCUACGAGGUCGAGAACGCCAACAACAGCGUCGUGCCCCUGCUCUCGCUGACAGGCAUCGCCUUCGUCGACCCCUCGCCCGCCUUCGUGCCCCAGCCGCUGAUGGACUGGUCCCUCGUCUCCGAGCCCAUCCCCGGCGCCGCCGGCCGGACCGUCCACUACGCCCAGGGCAAGACCCUUGGCGGCUCCUCGGCCAUUAACACCAUGUCCUACAUCCGCGGCACCAAGGGUGCCUACGCCCUCUGGGCCGACACCGUCGGCGACGACUCGUUCCGCUGGGAGCGCAUGCUGGAGUACUUCCGGCGUUCCGUCAAACUGACGCCGCCGGACGAGGAGAAGCGCCGGAACACCAACGCCACGGUGCGCUUCGACCCGGGCGACUACGCCGACGGCGCCGGCCCGCUGCACGUCUCGUGGAACAACUGGGUCGACCCGACGCUCACCUGGCUCGCCGGCGUCGUCCAGAGCCUCGGCCUGAGCAUCAGCCCCAACGGCUUCAGCAGCGGCGAGCUCGCCGGCCACGCCGCCUGGGUGCCCUCGACGAUCGAGCCGGCCAGCGCCCAGAGAUCGACGAGCGAGAGCAGCUUCCUCCGCCAGGCCAUCAGGGACACGGGCAUCGUCGUCUACACCCACACGCUGGCGACCAGGAUCCUCUUCGACGGCACGCGGGCCGCGGGCGUCGCCAUCAACACCCACGGCGUCGACUACGUCCUCUCGGCCAACCGGGAGGUCGUCUUGACCGCCGGUACGUUCCACUCGCCCCAGCUCCUCCAGGUCUCGGGCGUCGGCGCCCGCGAGCAGCUCGAGGCCCUGUCCAUCCCCGUCGUCGCCGAUGUACCCGGCGUCGGACGGAACCUCCAGGACCCGAUACAGAUCUUCGUCGCGUACCCGGUCAACACGCCCUCGGCGCAGUCCCUCACCAACGACCCGGCCCUCAACCCGGGCUUCGUCGAGGAGUAUCUCAAGUCCGGCACGGGGCCCUACAGCUCGGCGGCCGGCUUCCUCGCCCACGAGCGUCUGCCCAACGCAACCCUCGCCGGUCUCACCGAGUCCACCCGCCAGAAGCUUGCGUCCUUCCCCUCGGACUGGCCUCACCUGUCCUUUAUCGCGGGGUCCUUCUCCACAGGGCCCGGCCAGACGAGCGGCACCCUCGCCGCGUACCUCCCGCUCGUCUUCUCCCGCGGCAACGUCACCAUCUCCUCGACCUCCGUCAGCACCCAGCCGACCAUCCACCUGAACUGGCUCUCCGACCCGGCCGACGUCGAGCUGGCCGUUACGGCCGUCAAGCGCCUCCGCGCCGCGUGGUCUUCGCCCUUCGCCGACACCCCCGGCUUCAAGGCCGGGCCCGAGGCGCUCCCCGGCGACGCCGUACGGACCGACGAAGAGAUCUUGGAGUACGUGCGGGCGAACGCCGGCCAGGUCUGGCACCCGGUGUCCACGGUGGCCAUGGGCAAGGAGGAGGACGUCGAGUCGGGCAGGGCGGUGGUCGACAGCCGCGGGCGCGUGUUUGGUGUUCAGGGGCUCCGGGUCGCGGACGCGAGCACCUUUCCUUUCGCUUUGCCGGGCCACCCCCAGUCUGCUGUCUACGCGCUGGCCGAGAAGAUUGCGGACGACAUCAUCACUGGUCGUUGAAGAUGACCCUUUUUAUAUCCCCGAUAUCAAGAGUAGACUCGCUGCUCAACAAGCUGUUAUGCCCUUUGGUUUAUGGGUCCUCCAGUUAUAUUGGCGCUUUCGUGCUGCUGGCCCCUGUGAGAGACGUGUUCGAAAGAAACAUUUGGACAAAGACAGGCUGACAUCUCUUGAGAUAUUAUUGGGAACUGCCAUAGUUCGGCAGAAGGUGUAGUCGCAAAGGUUCAACCCCGUCCAUUCUUUUUCCACAUUUUAAGCGAUGAAUGUACAGUUGAGGAGCCCUUAAUACAGUCCGGGCGCCGUUAGUAGCCGUUGCCAGUAUGAACAGAGCGCUUCUCAACAUUUUGGUUGGAUAGGACUCAAGCCAAUGCCAAUCAACCGGCAACAGAUCAGCUGGAGACAUUGUUUCUUCAAGGGCUGAUGGAUCACAAACCUCGGUGGACGGAAACGUGUUCGCUGUAACAUUCCGAUCAGCCGAUGUGAUGAUAUCCAGUACAUCUGCCGACUGGAAAUAGAAAUGAUCCUGAAGGGCCCUGAGGUUGCACAGUUGUUGGCUUUGGGUCCAUCGUGCAGGCAACGUUGAUACGCGCAUGCUACAUACAGCUUGAAAAAUAUUCUUGUCUCGAGUCAUCAGUUUGGCUUCUGAUCCAGCGGUUGAUGAGAUGAUGUCUCUUUGGACUUUGACUGCUCAUGAAACAUGAAGCCAUGACCAGACCAUGUUCCAAUGAGCAACGGCGUCAUGAAGGCCCGACAUGAUCACAAAUAGAGCGUUGAGUUUUGAGUAGGGCUUCAGAGAAUCUUGACAAGUCCAGCAUGAGUGCAACACCGAAACGGCCCUUGUGCUUCCUCCGGCUCAAGAUUAGUUUGUCAACAACCACAGGUCCGUCUCUUUGCCGCAGAAGAAAUAAGACAAGAAAAAAGAGAGAGAGAAAAAACCCCUUCUCCAAAGUCCGCGUCUGCGUCGGUUACGGAAAAUGGACUUGGUCUGCAACAUGAAGCAGUCCCGCCGCCAUAACUAACAGAGAACUUUUUUUCGUUUCCGUUGGGCUGCACCAACCCCUUUUUCGAGUUCCGCCCAAUUCUAUUCUGCUCUGGCUGGCCCAAGGGCCCCAUGGUAAAGCUCAUUCUAAUUCCAGGUGACGAUGGGGACUCAUAAUGACCUCGCCACCAUUUCUCCCCCUAGGAAAAAUUUCAACUCGCGCACGUGGUUCCCAUAGAAUUUCUUCUGUGUUGCUCCAAAUAGCCGCGUGAGGGCCCGAGGAUUGACUAGAGCAUGCUUAUGAUGAAGUGAGAGCCGUCUCACAUGGUUGCUAAUCUUCCCCCGAGACGUCAAGAUGAAGCAAACCAAAAUUUAUGUAAAAAAAACAACCAAAAAACACAGCGCAACC